AUGGUCGUGGUGGUGGUUGUCGUGGUGGUGGUGGUGGUGGUGGUGGUGGUGGCAACGUCGGCAUUGUUGGUGGUAGUGGUGGAGGCGUCAGCUGGUAGCAGCGACGACGAUGGUGGUGGAGGUGGCUCGGUGGCGGCGGUGGUGGUUGUGGAUAUAGUGGCGGUGGUUGUGGUGGCUAAAAUGGUGGUGGUGGUGAUGGUUGUGGUGGUGUUAGUGGUGGUGGGGGUGGUGCUUGUGGUGGCGGUAGCGACAAUGGUGGUGGUUGUUGUGGUAGUGUUGUUGGUAGAGGUGGCGGUGGCGACGACAACGGUGGUACCAAUGGUUGUGGUGGUGGUGGUAGUGAUGGUGGUUGCGGUGGCUGUGAAGGUGGUGGUGCUGAUGGUUUUGGUGGCGCUGGUGUUAUGGUUGUGUGGUCAUGGUGUUACUGGUGAUGGUUAUAGUGCUAAUGGUGGCAGCGGCGGCGAUGCUGGUGGUUGUUGUGGCGGCGGUUGUGGUUGUGGUAGUAGGGGUGAUUGUUGUGGUGAUGGUCAUGGUCGUGGUGAUGGCCGUAGUAGUGGCGGUGGCGGCGACAGUGGUUCUGGUGGUUGUGUCUUGGUGGUGGUGGCGGCGGCGAUUGGUGGUGGUGGAUGUUGUGAUGGUGAUGCUGGUGGCGAUGGUGGUAGUUGUGGUGGUGGAUGUUGUGAUGGUGAUGCUGGUGGCGAUGGUGGUAGUUGUGCUGGUGGUGAUGGUGUUAGUGGUGGUUGUGGUGGUGGUGAGGUGGUGGCGGCGGCAACGGUGAUGGUGGUAGCAGCGGUAGUACGAAAUGUUGUGCUGGUGGUGGCAGUGAUGGUGGUUGUGGUGGUUGUGACGGAGGUGGUGCUGAUCGUUUUGGUGGCGCUGGCCGGCGGCGGCGGUGGUUGUUGUGGCGGCGGUUGUGGUUGUGGUGGUAGUGAUGAUGGUUUUGGUGGUAGUCAUGAUCGUGGUGGUGGCAGUAGUAGUGGCGGUGGCGGCGAUAGUGGUUGUGGUAGUGUCGCGGUGGUGGUGGCGGCGACAAUGCUAGUGGUUGUGAUGGUGGUUGCGGUAGUGGCAGUUGUGGUGGUGGUUUUGGUGGUGGUGGUGGCGGCGGCUGUGGCGUCGAUGAUGGUAGUGGUGGUGGGGUUUGUGCUGGUGGUGGAAGCGGCGACAAUGGUUAUUGUUGUUGUGGUGGUGGGGGGUGGGGGUGGUGACGCCUACAGUGGUAGUAGUGACGCCUACAGUGGUGGCGUCGAUGAGGGUGUUGUGGUUGUAGUGGUUGUGAUGGUGGUGGUUUCCGUGUUGGUGGCGGCCGCGUUGCCAAAGGUUAUGGGGGUGGUGGUAGCGAUGGUGGUAGUGGUGGCGAUGAUGGUAGUGGUGGAGAUGGCAGCGUCGAUGAUUGUGGUGGUGGUGGAUGGUGGUGGGGGGUUGGUGCCAGCGGCAGUGGUGGUAGUGGUGGUGCAUGCUGUGGCGGCGAUGGAUGGUGCUGGUGGUUGUGGUUAUUGUGAUUGUGGUGGUUUUGGUGUUUGUGGCGGCCACGAUGCUAAAGGUUGUGCGGGUGGUGGCAAUGGUGGUAGUGGUGCCGACGGUGAUGGUGCUUUUGGCGGUGGUAGUGGUUGUGCUUUGUCGCGGUGUGGUUGUGGUGGUCGCAGUGCUUUUAGUGGUGGUGGUGUUGAUGAUGGUGGCUGCGACAACGGUCCUUGUGGAGGUGGUUUUUGUUUUGGUGGUGGUGGUGGUAGGGGUCGUGGUGAUCGUGGUGGUGGUCGUGGUGGUAUUAAUGGUUGUGGUGGUACUGUUGGUGGUGGUGGCGGCGACGGUGGUGGGGGCGGUGGUGGUGGUGGAGGCAGCGGCGGUGGCGUGAUGGUGGUGGUGGUUGCGAUGGCAUUUUUGGUGGUGUUGGUGGUGGCGACAGUAGUGGUGAUGGUUGUGGUGGUGGUGCUGGCGGCGUGGGUGCCAGUGAUAAUGGAACUGGUGCUGGCGGUGCUGGCGGUGCUGGUGGUGGUGGUGUAUAUUUCGUGUUAUGGUUGUGGUGGUGGUUGUUGUCGUGGAGGUCGUGGUGUUACUGGUCAUGGUGGUAGUGCUAAUGGUGGCAGCGGCGGCGACGAUUGUGGUUGUGGUGGUAGUGAUGAUGGUUUUUGUGGUGGUCAUUUUCAUGGUGGUGGCAGUAGCAGUAGCGGUGGCGGCGACAGUGGUUGUGGUGGUGGUGGUGUCGCGGUGGUGGUGGUGGCGGCGACGAUGUUAGUGUUUGUUAUGGUGAUGGCGGUGGUGGUGGUGGUUUUGGUGGUGGUGGUGGCGUCGGCGGACGCGUCGACGAUGGUAGUGGCUGUGGGUGGUGGGGUGGGUGGUGGUGGUGGUGACGACGACGGUGGUAGUGGUGGCGCCUAUAGUGGCGGUCGCGGUGCCAUAGGUUAUGGGGGUGGUGGCAGCGGUGGUGAUAGUUGCGACGAUGAUGGUGCUUUUUGUGGUGGUGGUGGUUGUGGGGGUGGUGGUGGCGGCGUUGGCGGCGGCAGCGGUGGUAGUGGUUGUGGAGGUGGUAGUGGUGGCGGGGGUGGUUAUGGUGGCGGCGGCGGUGCCGGUGAUGGUGGUGAUGGUUGUAGUGGUUGUGGUGGUGGUUCUGGUUGUCGUGGUGUGGUGGUGGUGGUCGCAGUGGUGUUAGUGGUGGUGGUGUUGGUAAUGGUGGCGGCGACAGUGGUGCUUGUGUGUGGAGGUGGUUUUUGUUUUGGUGGUGGUGGUGGUAGGGGUCGUGGUGAUCGUGGUGGUAUUAAUGGUUGUGGUGGUACUGGUGGUGGUGGUGGCGGCGACGGCGGUGGGGGCGGUGGUGGUGGUGGUGGCAGCGGCGGUGGUAGCGGCGAUGAUGGUGGUGGUGGUUGGGUUGGUUGUGGUGGUAGUGGUAGGCGUGAUGGUGGUGGUGGUUGCGGUGGCAUUUUUGGUGGUGUUGGUGGCGGCGACGGUAGUGGUGAUGGUUGUGGUGGUGGUGCUGGCGGUGUGGGUGCCAGUGAUAGUGGUACUGAUGCUGGCGGUGCUGGUGGGGGUGGUGUUUUUUUCGUGGUAAUGAUGGUAGUCCAAUUGAUGGUGGCGGCGGCGGCGGUGUGGUGGUAA